AUGUUACUCAGUGCCGUGUACAAUGAGCCGCCAGUGCACGGUUGGACUUUUGAAUUCGCGAAUAACACGACUUUCAACCACAAGGACGCAUGCACGAAUGGAAGAUGUGUAUUUGCCAGUGGCAGUCCCUUCGCCCCAGUUGUUUUGAAUGGAAAGACUUAUGAGCCUGGACAAGGAAACAAUGCUUACAUAUUCCCGGGGGUAGGAUUAGGAGUAAUUUGUGCUGGUAUCAAAAACAUUGGGGAAGAACACUUUCUCAUGGCGGCCGAGGCUUUGGCCAGCAUGGUUACUGAAGAGGAUCUUGAUAAAGGAAGCAUAUACCCAUCAUUAUCCAGGGUUACAGAAUGCUCUGUGAAGAUUGCCAUACAAUUAUUGGAAUUCGCUUAUGCCAAAGGCAAUGCUUCUGUGUUUCCUGAACCAAAGGACAAAGAGGCAUUUGUUCGAGCUCAAAUGUACAACACGGAUUAUGUGCCAGCAAUUCCUAGUAUAUACGCUUAUCCCAAAUUAUAAAUCUAAUUUAAGGUGAAGGAGCAACUUUUUAACCAUCAUAUUGUAAAAAUUUUAAUAACUAUUAUAUGAUACAUUUUAAUAUGUUAGUCUUAGUCGCAAGUGUUCUAUCUAUUAAAUAUACUGAAUGUUGUGCAUAA